GUCUUAAAAGUCCAUAUGGUCUUGUUUCUUCUUCGUCCACCGUCAGGGCCUGUGACGAAGCAUAAAGUAACCGUCAAAGACAAAACACCUUUCUUGUCUUCUUGCUUUCUACGCCUUUUACUUCAGAGCAGGACGAUUGAGUUCGUAACCAUCUCAAAAAUACCAUCAUGAAGACGAUUGUUAUUAGACUUCUCUUCCUCGCUUUCCUUCUCCUUGCUUCACCUUUCCUCCAAGUUGCGUUGUGCCAGUCGGAUUCGGAGGAUUCUGGGUUUGAAGUUUCCGAUGUUGGCGAAGACGAGAGCGAAACAGAGCAAGUGUUUGGUUUGGAGCUUACCUCAGCUCCUGGAAUUGAAACCCUCUGCGUUUUCCCUAAUAACAGAGCAAAAAUAAUUAAAGCUGGAACUGAGACUGAGGUGCUCGUUGGAAUGAAAAAUGAUGGUCAAUCCGAUGUAGACAUCGUUGCGGUUAAAGGCAGUUUACAUCUUCCUUUCGAUCAAAAGCCUCUUGUUCAGAAUCUCACCGCUCUGAGCUUCGGCAACGCUUCUGUGCCUGUUUCAGCGCAAGCUACCUUCCCAUAUAUCUUCGCUGUCAGCAAGUUCCUGGAGGCUGGUGCUUUUGAUCUAGUUGGCACCAUUGUCUAUGAGAUGGAUGGUAAGCCCUACCAAAGCAUAUUUUACAAUGGAACCGUCGAAGUUGUUGAAGACGGUCCUCUCUUCAGGAUGGAGUCAGUCUUCCUUAGUGGUCUUUUGAUUUCGCUUAUCGUUGUUCUUAUCAUCUAUAUCCAAAAUGGUCUGAGGCAUAUGACCAAGAAAACAAAGAGAGCAACAAAAGCAAAAGUUGAAGUUGGAACUGCGGCUAAAGAUGCUUCACUUGAUGAAUGGCUUGAGGGUACUGCCUAUACUCAGUCUUCGAGUAAGUCAAAAAAGAAGAAGUAGAUCAGACCAAAUCUCACAGGCUUUCUCUGUAUCUCCAGGGACUUGUAAAACCAAAACCACACGAACGAGAUAGUAACGGUAUAGAUAGAGAGUGAGAGAGAGAGAGAGUAGUUGGUCGAGAUCCUCCUUCCUAAAGUUGUAACUUCAUAAAAUCUUAAAUGCUUUUUUCUUCUUACUGUGGUAGAUGUUACAAGGAAACUUGUUACCUUUGUUAAAAAUGUCAGAAUACUUUUUUAUGA